AGCUAAACCCUUUCAAUCUCUCUCUCUCUCUCUCUGUAAAAAGCUCUCAUCUUUCUCUCUCUACAUUUCUGAAAACACAGAGACUAUAUAGUCUACAGUGAACAGAGAGAGAUAUAUAUAUAGAUAUACAAAUCCAGCCAUAUAUCUUUGUCUUCUUGUCUCUCCUCACAGAGCUUCCAAUUCUUCAUCCAUGUCCUCUGAAUUUUCGUCUCCACUUCUCCUUUUUUAAUUCAUUUUUCAGUCAGUAAAGGGAAAAAACAGAACGCCUCUGUUUCUGCCUCCGUCUGUAAAUUGUUGUACCCAGCUGCACCCAGCUGAUCAUCCGUAUUCAUGGCGUACCACAACCACCUCUCCCAGGACCUCCCUCUCCACCACUUCACCGACCAAACCCACCACCAGCACCAGCAAUAUCACUCGGACCAACCCGACCAGAACUCCAAGCCCCCCGAGCCCCACCACCCAUUUCAGCCCGCCCCCAAUUGGCUCAACUCCGCCCUCCUCCGCAACUUCACCAACACCGACACCAACCCAACCAACAGUAACAACGCAAACAACAACGGUGGCGGCGUCUCCAAUUUCCUCAACCUCCACGUCACCGCCUCCGACUCCGCCGCCUCCCAAGCAUCCAACCAAUGGCUCUCCCAGUCCCACCGCCCGAUCCUUCACCGCAACCACAGCGACGUUAUUGAUGACGUCACAGUUGCCGGCGACUCCAUGAUCGCCGCGGCGAUGUCCCACGACUCCGCCGACCUCAAGCCCGACAGCAUCCUCAACAAGAACGACGGCGGAGUCGUCGAGAGCGGCAUCCCAGGCGGAGGCGGAGGGGGAGAUGGCGGGGUCAUGAACUGGCAGAACGCGAGACACAAAGCGGAAAUUUUGGCGCACCCGCUGUACGAGCCGCUGCUGUCGGCGCACGUGGCGUGCCUGCGGAUCGCGACACCGGUGGACCAGCUGCCGAGGAUCGACGCUCAGCUGGCUCAGUCGCAGAAUGUGGUGGCGAAGUACUCUGCCUUGGGGAACGGCAUGGUCGGCGAUGACAAGGAGCUUGAUCAGUUCAUGAGGAAUUAUGUUUUGUUGCUUUGUUCUUUCAAAGAACAACUGCAACAACACGUCCGGGUGCAUGCAAUGGAAGCAGUAAUGGCUUGCUGGGAGAUUGAACAAUCACUUCAAAGCUUAACAGGAGUUUCCCCCGGUGAAGGAACGAGUGCUACAAUGUCGGAUGACGAAGAUGACCAAGUAGAUAGUGAUGCAAACUUGUUUGAUGGAGGUAUGGAGGGUCAUGACAGCAUGGGAUUCGGCCCCCUUAUCCCGACAGAGAGCGAAAGGUCCUUGAUGGAGCGCGUGAGGCAGGAGUUGAAGCAUGAACUGAAACAGGGUUACAAGGAGAAAAUCGUAGACAUAAGAGAGGAGAUUUUGCGCAAGAGAAGAGCCGGAAAACUUCCUGGUGACACCACCUCUGUCCUAAAAGCUUGGUGGCAAUCACAUUCCAAAUGGCCAUAUCCAACUGAGGAAGACAAGGCUAGGUUGGUACAGGAAACCGGUUUGCAAUUGAAGCAGAUAAACAAUUGGUUCAUCAAUCAGCGGAAGAGGAACUGGCACAGCAAUCCUUCUACCUCCACGGUUUUAAAGAGCAAGCGCAAAAGUAAUGCAGGUGAAAACAGCAGUGGCGAGCGGUUUAUAUAAAUUGGAAUAGGAAAUGAGAGCCAGUCGAGAUAUCGUUCGUGCGCUUCCACUACAUUUACAAUUCGAAGAUAGAAACUCUGAAUAGCGAGAAGACUUCAGGGUUCCGGUGAAAACAAUCAUAUAUUGGUUUCUUCAGAAAGAAAAAGGCUCACUCUGAUUCUGAUGUUGCGAUUAUAAACCCGAUAUGAGCCGUUACACAGGUAUGCUCAAAGGAUGCAGAAGAUCGAAGCGUAUGUAAUAUCAUAUAUCAUUAGGAAUUCAGGAGUAUUUAGGAAUUGUGUUACUGAAACUGUGAAUUGGAUAGUCCACCAGAGGGCUUACAAUUUUUUGUUUAUAUCUUCAUUUUUGUGAAUAAGGUUAGUGAGGGGUUGUGGGGGUGUACAAAGCAAUAACAUGAGCUUUUGGUUCCUUA